AAUUGGCCAGGCUAGCCGUCAUUUUUAACCAGGCAGGAUGUAUCACGCGCUUACCGUAUUCUGCGCUACCGCAUUCGCGCUCGUCGCGGGUCAGGAAUACACGCUUCCUAUACAGACUUGCCAUCAUGAUGCACCCGACUAUACGUCUUGUAUGAGACUUGCGAUAGAGGAAGCAUGGCCGAUCUUAGUUGCAGGUAUUCCGGAGCUGGACCUACCAGUUUUGGAUCCGUAUUUCAUAAAGGAAGAAAGAACAGUAUUUGAAAACGCUGACAUGAAUGCAGACAUAACAGUCAGAGAUGUUAACGCCUAUGGACUUGCAAAACUCAAGUUCCUGGCUGUGAGAACAGAGCGCUCUGACAAUUUCUUUAAAGUGGAGGCCGAUGUUUCAUUGUCGAAGGCACUUAUCGAGGGUAAUUACAAAGCGGAUGGAACUUUUGGAGCGAUGAAAUUCGGCGGCGAUGGAUUCUUCAAUCUUACCAUGGAGGACAUUACAGCCACGUUAGGCUUUGAAGGAGGCGUAGCAAACGAUAGAUGGACCAUCGAACAUUUCUAUCUACAUCCGGAAAUUGGAAAAAUGGAGAUCUGGUUCAGUGAUAUGUUCAAUGGUAACGAGGACCUCAAUAAUGCCGCUCGAAAAUUCGUGAACGAAUAUUGGCCGUCGUUGUAUCGAAUGAUGAUGCCGUUCAUGACGAAGAACAUGGACGACCAUGUCACCGAAGUUUUCAAUCGCAUAUUCUCAAAGGUUUCCUUCUCCAAGACAUUCCCUUGAAACCCCUCUAAAGAUGAUUCCUCGUGCCAAGGCACAUUUGUAACGUAGUGUAAUCGAGGAAGCACCGCAUUUGGAGUCGCGAAUACUUUUAGACGACUGUGUUUGAGAUCGGCGCAGAGGAAUGCAGAGUUCCUUGCUCUGAAAUCUGCAAACAUCCCGACGUGAUAAUUUUUUUUCACCGUACCGUGAUAAUGUUAUUUUGAUUUGCACAAUGUCGACAUGCGUGUAAAUAGUGCAAUAGUGGCGAGUUUAUUGUAUAACUAUUGUAAUAUGUAAAAAAAAAUCCAGGUGGCCAAAUAUUAGCAAUUGAGCAGACAGUAAAUUUGAUGAAAAUUUGAUCAACUUUGUUGUCCAUUUGUUAACAUUGCUAACAUUUUGUUUACUGGGUAGAUUAUUUUUAGUAUUGUUAUAUAGUAUCGUAUUAUCGCUAUUUUUACUCUAGUGAGAUUGUUUAUGCACAGAUGUAAAAAUAUCAAACAAAAUAUAGAAAAUGUUAAAUAUUAA